UGAGAGAAAAAAAGCAGAAACAGAAGCAGAUGAGAGAACACAAAGCAUUGAGACAGAGACAUACCGCCAAGAGGUUUAUAAAUAAGGUUUUAAAAGACCUUCCGCCUCAACAUAAGGAUGCUAUCAAUGAUUUGGGGUUUGGUGGAUUCCUUCACUUAAGUUUAGAUGCUCACAAUGGCAGUUUUUCUGAAGAAUUGGUCAAUAGCUUUGACCCCGAUAGAACAUCUUUGAAACUCUUCAAUGGCAAUGAGAUACUAAUAACUGAAGAGGAUGUUCAUGUAGUCUACGGCCUGCCCCAAGGUCCAGUCAAAAUUAAAGAGCCAAGAACAAAUUUUAAUUUUGAUAAAAAGGACUCUGAGGUCUCUGAUGAAGAGAGAAAAGAGAGAGAAGACAAAUCACUGUUUUUAAGGCAAUGGAGGAGUCAGUUUGGGCUUGACACUGGAAGUCCAACUUUCGGUGUCCUUGUAAAUCACUUAGAAGAACAAAAAAAAAACAAGAUGUGUCCACUGAGUUUUUACUGAAUUUCAUUGCAUCUGCGAUUAAUUGCUGUGUAAUGUCAACAGAUAACACAUCUGUUAAUUUCAAAUUUUUAUGUAGCUGUAAGGAUAUCACCAAAGUGAGCAAACUUGAUUGGUGUUUGUUCGCAAAACAAAGCAUGACUGAAGCAGUCAGAAAAUGGAAAAAGGGAUCAUCAUAUUUCACUGGUCCACUUCCUUUCAUGAUGAUUGUCUAUUUUGAUAGACUUCAAAGAGGAGAUGCUUAUCCUCCAAGGCAAAUUCCCCUAACCUUUGUUGGGAAUAAAGACAUGAUUCAUUCAAGGAUGAAGAUUGAACUAGAACGAGGUUAUGGUCGAGGACAUGUUCUUCCAAGAAUUCCAGUGCCUGAGAUUGAGAGUGAGAAACUGGAAUUCCAGUGCCUGAGAUUGGAAGAAAAUCCAACUGCAUCCUUAGAAACACGGGAUUACUUUGCCCAGUUUUCAACAAUGGCAGCAACGCUGGUAAAAAAAAUUUCUGAUAUGUAUGCUUUCAUUAGCAUGUUUGAAGAUGUACAAAUACAAAAAGAAUUGAAGACCAUAAUUGUUGACAAGAUGCUCAUCAAAUACACUGAUCCAGCACAUGUUUUUGAUGAGUCAGCGUUCAUGGCUGAGCUUAAUGAAGCAUUAUCAAACAUACAAGCCAAGAACAAUCAAAACGAAGUAACUCACAGUGAAACUACAGCUUCAACACUCCAUGCUUUUUUUACUGGAGAAAACCAAGCUUCACAACUUCAAAACCAAGCAUCAGCAGUCCAGACUGAAGAAAACCAAGCAUCUCCUUCCCUGGAGCUUCAAAACUUCAACUCCAUCUUGUUUGAAUGAGAUAAUUAAUUGCCAUGUGAUUUCAUCCAUAGAUAAUCUUGUAACUGAUGCAGGCGAUGUUGAGAAGUAUUAGAAUCAAUCGAAAACACUGAAGGCUGAAAGCAAGACGCAUAAAUCGCCUCUUUAAUGUGUU